CCGCAGUCCUGGGCGAGUUAAGAAAAAAAUGUUCGAUAUUAUUUUUAUUUUUGGGCUGUAGAUCUAGCGGCAGCGCUCCCAAUCCGAUCGGGAGCAGGACGACGACGGCGAGCGCAUGAACGGCGCCGGCGGCACGCUGCUCGGACAAGAGGAGGCGUGGAGGCAGGGUCGUACUCGCGCGUUCACCCGCAGUUAACGCGGACACAGCGGCCUCCAUGGCGGCUCGGGUCGAUGUAGGAGGACGAGGGGAGGAGCUCGCGAGGCCCGACACCGGGAAUGGAGCGGAAGUGGCUGGAUCUGGCGAUUCUGAAGGGGCUGCGGCGACGAGUGGCUCCAUGGGCAGCGACCUGCGGGGUUCAAGCGGCGGCUUCCAUGAAGGUAUGAGCGAUCUGGUUUCCCCUUUUAUUGUUCUAUACGAGGAUGAUGCAGAUGCCUUUUGGUGUUUUGAGAUGCUACUGAGAAGGAUGGUAAUUUGUAUCUAUGUCAAACUAUACUGGCAUAUGUUAGCUCAGGGACCAACCGGAGUUAUGAAGCGGUUGGAAGCAUUGUGGAAGAUCAUGGAAUUGACAGAUACAGAAGUAACUAACUGGAGUCUACAUAUAUAUGCUCUGCGUGUGCUCGCCCUCUGCUCAGACACCGUCAAGGCUCUUGACCUCGGCCAACGAUCUGUCGAAGAUGAAAGUGGCAGCCACCAACUUGUGGUUUCUCAGCGUGCGCUCCUUCUUCCGGUUACACAGCGACCACGACAAGAUGACGGUUGUGGUCUCGGCUUUUAGGAUGGAGGCCUUUAGCUACAGUUUCUCAUGGACGAACUGCCGACGCAACAUUCCUUGCUUCAAUUUCUUUGUCGUAGAAGCUGAAAGUAUAUGGUCUGAAUUUAUAUUAUCGAGUGUGUAUGAGUACUGAUUUAGAGUAUGUUGGUCACUUGCGUUCUGAAGCUUUUUGCUGUAUUGUGGUCUUGGCUUUUAGGAUGGAGGCCUUCAGCUGCAUUUUCUCAUGGACGAACUGACCAACACAACAUUCCUUGCUUCAAUUUCUUUGUCGUAGAAGCUAAAAGUAUAUGGUCUGAAUUUAUAUUCUAGAGAGUCUGUGUAUGAGAACUGAUUCAGAGUAUGUUGGUCAUUUGCGUGCUGAAGCUUUAUGCUGUAUGAUUUCUAUGGGAGAGAAUGAUACACGAGCCAGUAAUAAUACAACUAAAGUUUGUGAACA